AUGAAUCCCCAAUUUUCAGAGUCUCUCCAGGGUCCUUGCCCCAAGAAGAAAUUUGAUCCCACUGUUGUUGCAUUCAAUAAUGUUACCACACCCAUCAUUUUUGACAAUUCUUAUUUCAGAAAUCUUCAGAAGGGGAUGGGGCUGCUGGCAACUGAUCAAAUGUUGAUUUUGAACCCGAUGACUGGAGAUUAUGUUAAGAAAAUGGCUGAAAAUCAAAAAGUAUUUUUCGAUUCCUUUGUUUCUGCCAUGAUCAAGUUGGGGAGCAUUGGAGUUCAGGGAAGGAUGGAGACAUUAGACUUGAUUGCGGCUCUUUCAACGGUUAAUAAUCAUUCUUCAAAGACUAAUCCAACAGUUCCUGAAGCUCAUUUAUUUCAUAACAUUAAUCAUAUAAUGGUGUAG